GAAUGUAACACAUCUUGUCUCAUUUUGUCUUAUCUUCAGAGGUUUCCUACACAGCUGCACUACUAGGACUCAGAGUUGCGGAGAGAGCAGUGUCUACACAGACACAUUCAUACACACAAGCGAAGACGUUUCCUACACAGCUGCACUUCUAGGACCAGAGUGGCGGAGAGAGCAGUGUCUACACAAACACAUUCAUACACACAAGCGAAGAUAUGGCAUCCCCCAGCAGUCUCCUGUCUGAAGAGCAGUUCCAGUGCUCUAUCUGUCUGGAUGUGUUCACUGACCCAGUCUCCAUCCCAUGUGGACACAACUUCUGCAAGGCCUGUAUCAAAGGAUACUGGGAUAGCACAGGCCUGUUCCAGUGUCCCCUGUGUAAGCAGAUAUUCCACAUAAGACCUGAACCGGAUGUCAACAGAACACUUAGAGGAGUUGCAGAACUUUUUAAGGGAUUGAUAGUGAGAGACAGAGAGGAUUUCGCUACAGAGCCUGGAGAAGUGGUCUGUGAUGUCUGCACUGGCAGGAAGCGCAAGGCUCUGAGGUCCUGCCUGGUUUGUCUGACCUCGUACUGUGAGUCUCAUCUGGAGCCUCAUCACAUAGCCCCAGCCCUGAAGAAACACCAACUGAUCAACCCUGUAAAGAACCUUGAAGACAGGAUGUGUAAGAAGCACAACAAACUCCUUGAGCUGUUCUGUAGGACUGACCAGAUAUGUGUGUGUCAGUUUUGCUCUGAGACUGACCACAAGGCUCAUAACAGCAUACCUCUGGAAGAAGAAUGUGACCAAAGGAAGGCUCAGCUUGGGAAGACAGAGGCACAAGUGAAGCAGAUGAUUCAGGAGCGACUGCAGAAGGUUAAGGAGAUCAAACACUCAGUAGAUCUCAGCAAAAAACACACUGAGAGGGAGAUGUCUGACACAGUACAGAUCUUCACCGCUUUAGUUCACUCCAUUGAUAAAUGUAAGGCUGAGUUCAUUUGUGUGAUUGAGCAGAAGCAAGAAGCUUCAGAGAAGUGUGCUGAAGGUAUCAUUAAAGAACUGGAGCAAGAAAUCACUGAGCUGAAGAGGAUAAGCUCUGAGCUGGGGCAGCUCACACACACCAAGGACCAUCUCCAACUCCUCCAGAGCUCCCCAUCCUGGUGUCUCCCUGUAAAGUCCAAGAACUGGUCGGAGAUCAAUGUUCAAAGCCACCUGCACAUGGGGUACAUGAAGAGAGCUGUAUCUCAGCUGGGAGACAAACUGACUAGUGAGGUAACGAGAUUUCAUAAUGAGAUGGAGAACGAGCUGAAGAAGUUGUGUGAAGCUGAGAUGAAUAUUCUGCAGUAUGCAGUGGAUGUGACUCUGGACCCUGAUACAGCAUAUCCUGAACUAAUCCUGUCCGUGGAUGGGAAACAAGUGAGGUGUGGGGACCAAUCACAGAAUCUCUCAAAUAACCCAAAGAGGUUUACUUAUAUAUACAGUGUCCUGGGGAAGGAGGGCUUCUCCUCAGGGAAAUAUUACUAUGAGGUACAGGUGAAGGGCAAGACUGAAUGGGAUUUAGGAGUGGCCACAGAAUCCAUCAAUAGGCAGGGGUGGUUACCACUGAGCAUUGAGGAUGGAGUCUGGACUUUGGGGCUGAGCACAAAUAAUUACUAUGAGGCUAAUGACCCCAAAGUACAGCUGAGCCUGAAAAAAAAGCCCCAGAAGGUGGGGGUGUUUGUAGAUUAUGAGGAGGGUCAGGUCUCCAUUUAUGAUGUGGAUGCCACUGCCAGAUCUCACAUCUGCUCUUUCACUGGCCACAAAUUCACAGAGAAACUCUAUCCAUACUUCCACUGUGGGUAUCCUGAUGGUGAGAGAAACAUUGCCCCUCUGGUCAUCUCUCCUGUCAGUCAGAUGACUGGCCCAGUGCCACAUUAGGGAUGCAUUUUGUUACGUUACAGAUUUAUUCUAAAAUGGAUUUCAAAAAAAUAUCCUCAAUCUAUACACAAUUCCCCAUAAUGACAAAGCGAAAAACAGGUUUGAGAUUCUAAAUUGAGCUCGGAUGCAUCCUGUUUCCAUUGAUCAUCCUUAAGAUGUUUCUACAACUUGUUUUGAGUCCACCUGUGCUAAAUUCAAUUGAUUGGACAUGAUUUGGAA